AUGGACCCUCCCGCGGGCAUCGCCUGCCUCCUGCUCUGCUGCGCGCUCUCCCUGCCCACCGGCGCCCUGCGGCGCCCCGGGGACAGAGACCCAGUUCUGAGGAAUAUAGAGGAGUACAGUCUUGUCAUCCCCACCAGCACCGAUUCAGAGGGCAGGUUCCUAUCCCACUUGGUGUCUGGACCACCAAAAGCACGCUUCAGGAGAGCUGUGGAAGACUUGGAGCAUGAAGCAGAAAACGAGCAAAUAUUUUACAAUGUCACUGUUUUUGGAAGAGAGUUUCACUUCAGGUUGCGGCCAAACUCCAGGCUCGUGGCCCCUGGAGCAACAGUUGAAUGGCAGGAGGACUCUGAUGAGACUCAUGUCGAACCUCUCUAUGGGAAUUGCCUCUAUGUUGGGGAUAUCACUGAUCUGCCAAACGCUUCAGUUGCUAUCAGCAAUUGUGAUGGACUGGCUGGCAUGAUUCGCACAGACAAGGACGAGUUCUUCAUUGAACCUCUGGAGAUGGGGGCCCAGGAGGAGGAGGAGGAAGGAGGCAGAACGCAUGUGGUCUAUCGCAGAGCAGCUGCCGAGAAGCAUCUCCCUGUCGAGGGCAUGGGUACCCUUUACACAGCAGCUAACCUCACUCACCUGGAUGGUCUGGACAGCGUCUUGAGCUCCAUUGAAGAGGGUGUGCAGAGGUCAAGGCAGCGCUCCCGCAGGCACGCCGCGGAGGAUGACUACAACAUCGAAGUGCUUCUGGGGGUUGAUGACUCGGUGGUUCAGUUCCAUGGGAAAGAACACGUUCAGAAGUACCUGCUGACCUUGAUGAACAUUGUUAAUGAAAUCUAUCACGACGAGUCCCUGGGUGCUCACAUUAACGUUGUCUUGGUGAGGAUAAUCCUGCUGAGCUAUGGCAAGUCUAUGAGUCUGAUAGAGAUUGGGAACCCCUCGCAGAGCCUGGAGAACGUGUGCCGCUGGGCUUACCUGCAACAGAAACCUGACUCGGGGCAUGCAGAGUAUCAUGACCAUGCAAUCUUCCUCACAAGGCAGGACUUUGGUCCAUCUGGCAUGCAAGGCUAUGCUCCAGUCACUGGAAUGUGUCAUCCUGUUCGAAGCUGCACUCUCAACCAUGAAGAUGGUUUUUCAUCUGCCUUUGUGGUGGCUCAUGAAACUGGACAUGUUUUAGGCAUGGAGCACGAUGGCCAAGGGAACAGGUGCGGGGAUGAAGUCCGCCUGGGGAGCAUCAUGGCCCCCCUCGUGCAAGCUGCCUUUCAUCGCUUCCACUGGUCCCGUUGCAGCCAGCAAGAGCUGAAUCGAUAUCUCCAUUCCUAUGACUGCCUGCGUGACGAUCCCUUCGAGCACGACUGGCCUUCCCUUCCCCAGCUGCCAGGGAUUCACUACUCCAUGAACGAGCAGUGCCGCUUCGACUUUGGUUUGGGCUACAUGAUGUGCACAGCUUUCCGUACAUUUGAUCCCUGCAAGCAGCUGUGGUGUAGCCACCCCGAGAACCCCUACUUCUGCAAGACAAAGAAAGGGCCUCCGCUGGACGGGACCAUGUGUGCACCAGGAAAGCACUGCUUUAAAGGUCACUGCAUCUGGCUAACACCAGACAUCCUGAAGCAGGAUGGACACUGGGGAGCAUGGAGCAAGUUUGGCUCUUGUUCUCGGACCUGUGGCACUGGGGUGAAGUACAGGACACGGCAAUGUGACAAUCCACAUCCUGCCAACGGAGGCCGCACAUGUGUGGGGCCAAGCUACGAGUUCCAGCUGUGCAACACUCAGGACUGCCCUAAGGACUUUGAAGACUUCAGAGAGGAGCAGUGCAAGCAGUGGGAUCCAUACUUUGAGUACCAGAACACAAAACACCACUGGCUCCCCUAUGAACACGUCGAUGCCAAGGAAAGGUGCCACUUGUAUUGUGAAUCCAAGGAGACAGGGGACGUGGUGUAUAUGAAGAGGAUGGUCCACGAUGGCACCCGCUGCUCCUACAAGGAUGCCUACAGUAUCUGUGUGAGGGGAGACUGCUUGAAAGUUGGGUGCGACAGGGUCAUAGGUUCCACGAAGCAGGAGGAUAAGUGUGGUGUUUGUGGAGGAGAUAAUUCCCACUGCAAAGUGAUGAAAGGAACAUUCUCAAGAGUUCCAAAGAAACAAGGGCACAUUAAGAUGUUUGAAAUUCCUGUUGGUGCGAGACACUUACUUAUACAGGAAACAGACACCACCAGUCAUAACCUGGCAAUUAAAAACCGUGAAACAGGGAAAUUCAUUCUGAGUGAAGACAACUAUGUGCCAGACUCUAAAGUUUUUAUUGACAUGGGUGUGGAGUGGGAAUAUCGGAAUGACGAUGGCAGAGAGACCGUGCAGACCAUGGGACCGCUGCGUAAUGGAAUAGUUAUUCUGGUGAUUCCUCAUGGUGGUGCCAAGAUAUCUUUGACUUACAAGUACAUGAUCCAUGAAGAUUCCUUGAAUGUAGAUAACAAUAAUGUUUUGGAAGACGAUUCAGUAUCAUAUGAAUGGGCUUUGAAGAAAUGGUCCCAGUGUUCAAAACCUUGUGGAGGAGGCUACCAGUUCACCAAAUACGGCUGCCGGAGGAAGGCUGACCACAAGAUGGUUCAUCGGAGUUACUGCGAGCUGAUCCAAAAGCCCAAGCCCAUCCGCAGGGUCUGCAACCUCCAGGAGUGCUCCCAGCCCAUCUGGGUUACAGGAGAGUGGGAACCUUGCAGCAAAAGCUGUGGGAAAACAGGCUACCAGGUACGCUCUGUCCGCUGCAUCCAGCCCCUGCACGACAACACAAACCGCUCUGUUCACACCAAGUACUGCAACAACGACCGCCCGGAGGGCAGGAGGCCUUGCAACAGGGAGCUUUGCCCAGCACAGUGGAGAAUAGGAUCCUGGUCACAGUGCUCUGUCAGCUGUGGCAAUGGCACACAGGAUCGCCCGGUCCUGUGCCGCACCAGGGACAAUGCCAUCGGCCUUUGUAAAGAGAGUAAACCAGAGACUGUAAGGAUCUGCAGACUACCUCCGUGUCCAAGAAACGUUUCUGAUCCUUCAAAGAAAACCUACAUGAUACAAUGGCUGUCAAGACCAGAUCCAGACUACCCCAUCCAGAAAAUAUCUUCAAAAGAACAUUGUCAAGGAGACAAGUCAAUGUUCUGUCGCAUGGAGGUUCUCUCCCGCUACUGCUCCAUCCCUGGUUACAAUAAGCUGUGUUGCAAGUCCUGUAACGCAUACAGCAACCUCACAGAGGACGGCAACCUAACCGAUUCUAGCGUAAAUAAGAGCAAUGCCAUUGAGGAGGAGGAGCUCCAGACAACCCUCAGCCCUCCCAUGGGAGUGUCCACCACACAGCCCACCACCAGCAGCCCUCCUCUUGUUCCCAAAACACCUGCCCCUCCUUCCAAUGCAACCGAGGAGCACCCAGAGAUCAAUGCUGUGGAUGUUCCCUAUAAAAUCCAUGGGUUGGAUAACGAAGUGUCCCAGCACAACAUCAUCACACGGAGGAGGAUACCUUAUGAAAGGACAAGGAAUCAAAGAAUUCAGGAGCUGAUUGAUGAGAAAAGGAAAAAAGAGACUCUUAGGAGAAGAACCUAA